CUGACUCACACUAAUAAAACGUUUCCAUGUUGGUUUUCGCGGUACUGGAGCGUCGUUGAACUUAUUUUCAUUUAAAAUCUGUGUAUUUACCAUUAUUUUUCUGUUUUUUUGUGCAUAUAUUGAAGAAGUGUGUUUUUUGUGUCUAUAAAUAUUAUCAUUACUUAUUCGGCAAUGGCUUUUCAUCGUUAACAGGCCUGUGAAUAUAUCAUGGCGUGUCUGGGCCUAGUGCACUAGGCUGAUUCUCGUAACAAAAUAGGACUUUGCACAUAUCAUAUCGGGACGUUCUAUUUUCUGGUUAUUUUUUCAGUAUCAGUGUUACAGGUAGGUUCAAUUGUGAUAUUUAGAAUAAUCCUACGAUUUUGUGUUGUUUAGCAAAAAAGGAAAUUAAGUUUUUCGAUGUACUCAGUUUGAUAAUGUACCAGACAGACCGCCUAUCACCCAUUUUGUCUCAGUGCUUAUUACGUCCGCUGGUCGUUGAAUUGGCACAAUAACGCCUCGUGUGCCAACCUAGCUAUAGUUUGACUAUUGCUACUCGACUGCCGUGAUUUGUCGUUAUAUCACUCAAUUUCAUAUUCCCCUAAUCCAUGAUCAGCAGAUAUUGUGAAAUACGAAAAUUUUACAUAAUAUAUGUGAAAGUUUAAACAGCAUUUUAAAUGAGUGUGUUGAGCGCCUGAAUUGAUUUACAAUGGAUGAAUCUGAGGAGAAUAUUAGUACUGACGAUAUCAAUAAUGAUGACAGUCCUAUGUCUGUCAAAAUAAAACCCAAGAAAAGGUCACAGGUUGAGCGGGAACUUGAAACUAACUUGACAGCCCGAGUGACAUCUCCUGCCACCGGUGAAGGUUCUAACACUAGCAGGUAUGGCCGGGCCCGUAGACUGAAGACUACAGAAACAGAUGCAGAGAAAAUCAUAAAGCCAUUAAAAGUUGAUGUUUCAAAGCAACCGCAGGCAUAUAAGAUGCAUGCAUCCAAUUCACCAAUAAAAACAGAAUCUCCUAAAAGAACUAUAUCAGUGGGUUCCAGCAUUGAAGAUCAGAUAGAAAACAUUUAUAAUGAGAACAUAUCUUUAAGCCGUUUUGGGUCUGAAGAGAAAGCAAAAUCUCAAUCCCCUGCCAAGAAGUUCAGCAAAGUUUACAUCCGGAAAGAUCUGAUUCAAAACCGGACACAGAUAAUGUUGUUUUGAUAAAGAAUUUAUUUUCGCCAAACAAAUCAAGUUCUCAUUUGAACAAUAUCCUGGAAAGGUCAUCUGAGAAAUACUCUUUAAACGGGCAUGGAAAGGCUUUGAAUGGUUUUCCGGAUACUUCUUCAGUUGUUAAAACAUUAGAUUUUGAUGGUAAAAAGAAAAACAAACCGGUUACUCCUGCACAGCCAAGUAAAAAAGAAGUCAAAAUAACUAAAGAAGAAGUCAAAAUAACUAAAAAAGAAGAGAAAAUACCUAAAGAUGGAAAAGAGAAGUCUAAAGAAGUUAAAGAAAAGGCGGUAUCUAAGAAUGAGUUGUUUGAGAUGGAGGCGACUUGUGAGUACCAAGUCGGAGACUUGGCUUGGGCGAGGGUUGGCACAUACCCAUUUUGGCCUUGCAUUGUCACUAGGGAGCCUUUUAGUGACACCUUUGUUAAGAAAAAAUUGUUCGGCCGCGUAGAACGCUCGGUCAUCCACGUGACGUUUUUCGGCGACAACGGCCGUCGUGGGUGGAUUGUAGACAACAUGCUACGGAAGUACCAUGGCAAGACAGAGUUCGAGGCCUGCCGCAGCAAGUUCACACCAGAGUCAAAGAAGAAGGAUCCACGCUUUUAUGCCGCGCACUUUGUCUCAGAGAAGAAACUGCCAUUAUGGAAUGUGUCAGUUGAAGAGGCGGAAACACUCAUGAAAGAGCCCAAAAGACUCCGAAUUGAUGCCCUUUACGAUAUGCUCGAAAAGGCUAGAGCCGCCAAAUCUACCCCCAGCAAACGCGAUAAGGGAGGGAAGCUCACACGAACAGACAGCGACGUAUCUUUAAGCGAAAGCUUAUACGAUACACUCUUCUCUGAAGAUGACGGCAAACAAGAUGAUAGCCGCUCGAAAAGAGCAAGAAACAAGUCUUUGGACGUCUCCGAAGUUGUCACAGCUUGCCUAGACAAUAUGGCGGCUAAAAGUGGCAUUAUACAAAUUCAGAGGCAGUCACACAUGGACAGGUGGCUGCAAAAGGCUAAAUCUAAGACGCCAGAAAAAAUCCAACCUAAGUUACAUGUCAAAUUAGAAAGGGAAAAGAGAAAGGAUAGAUCCAAAAAGAAGAAAGAAGGUAGAAGAACGCAUAAAGCGAGGAAGAAUGAAUCUCUCGGUUCUGAUACAAAUUUGCUUCCAUAUCAAAAUGAACAUGAUUAUAGUAGUGUUAAUUUUGAAAACCAUAAUAUCAAUGACAGUUCGAAUAAAAAUACAGACUCUGCCAGUGGACUUGACAGUACAUUAGAUACUAGUACAACAGUUAGCGAUAUUGGUGUUACUGUAAAAAUAGAAAGUCUUUCUAGCAGUAUGGAAGACUUUAGUCAAGAUGAUAUCAUAACAUCAAUAGUGAACGACGACAUUGUUAUGACAGAUUCAGUAAGUAUUAGUAAAGAUGAUGAAAGUAUAAAUAGUGAAACGAAUGCUAAAGACCAUAGUAAUAAUAAAAUAGAAAAUAACUAUGAACAUAAUCUGGGCACCAGUAACAAAGAUAACAGUAAAUGUGUAGAAAUUAGAGAAGAACUUCCAUUGACUAACUCAGAUUUAACAAAUGCCUUGCAACCUAGACGAAGUAAAAGAAAGAGACAAACCUUUGAAGGCUUAAACAAUAGCAUUACUGAAAACAAAGCUAAAGAACCUAAGUUAGAUUUACAAAACCAAAAACCCUGUGAGGAAACUACUCCCAUUGAUGUAUCUAGUAUUAAAAAUGAAGAAAUCGAAUUAUUAAGUGCAAAUGAUUUCGAAAAAAUGGAAAUAGUGAAUGAUGAACCUACUGUCGAGAAUAUUGAGAAGGAAACACUUCAGGACGGCUCGGUUGAACUAACAGCCUCAUUUCCUGAUCGGACAGAAGACCCCAGUGAACAUUUAAAGAACUAUGUACAUAAUAAAGAUCAAUGUGAACAAGAAAGACUGCAGAACAGUGAUUUAACUCCUGAAGUUCAUAAAACACACACAGGGCCAGAAAAUUGUGUUGAUGAAACUGUUCCAACCACCAAUGUUAAGGAUAUUUCUACUGUCAGGCGUUCUAGACGUUCAAAAGAAAAACAAAGAACUACGCAGACAAAAAGUCAUGUGAAAGGAAACGAAACCGUUGGAUCAGCUAACCUUACUGUAGGUCAUGAUGCUACACCUAUACCUGUUGCUGACAAUGCACUACUUAGUACAGAAACCAUCGAAAUAGAAAGUAAUUUAUCUGAAAAUAAUACUGCUGAUUCAACUGAGCUUAUACCAUGUGAUAAUGAUAUGACUAAAUCUGUGCUAGACAGUGUAUCUGUGGAUAACAAAGAUCAAUGCGAAAGUUCAUAUCAAGAACAAGAAGCACUGAAGCACAGUGAAUUAACUUCUGAAGUUCAUAAAACAACACACACAGAACCGAAAAAAUGUGUUAAGGAAACUAUACAGACCACCAAUGACAAGGAUAUUUGCUCUGUCAGGCGUUCCAGACGUUCAAAAGAAAAACAAAAAGCCAAGCAGACAAGUCAUGUAAAAGAAAACCAAACAGUGGAAUCAACUGAUCUUACUGUAAGUCAUAAUAGUACACCAAUACCUGUGGUUAACGAUGCACUACCAAGUUCAGAAAACACGAAAAUAAAGAGUAAUUUACUAAUUGAAUUAGUACCACAAAUUGAAAUAUCUGAAAACAAUAGUGCUGAUUCAACGGAGCAUAUGCCACGUGAUAGUAAUAUAACUAAAUCUGUGAUAGACAAUGUACAUUUAAAUAACUCUGAACAUAAGAAAGAUGAAGGCGAAAGUGCCUAUCAAGAACAAGAAGCACUGAAGAACAGUGAAUUAACUUCUGAAGUUCAUAAAACAACACACACAGAACCGGGAAAAUGUGUUAAGGAAACUAUACCAACCAUCAAUGAUAAGGGCAUUUCCACUGUCAGGCGUUCUAGACGUUCAAAAGAAAAACAUAAAGCCAUGCAGACAGAAAGUCGUGUAAAGGAAAAAGAAACAGUUGAAUCAACUAACAUUACUGUAGGACAUGAUAGCACACAUGAUAGCACAGCUGUUGUUGACAAUGCACUACUUAGUCCUGAAAACACGGAAGUAGAAAGUAAUUUACCAAUGGAAUUAGUAUGUAACAUUGAAAUACCUGAAAACAAUAGUACUGAUUCAAAUGAGCAUAUGCCAUGUGAUAGUAAUAUAACUAAAUCUGUGAUAGACGGUGAACAUUCAAUUAAAGCUGACCAUAACAAAGAUCAAUGCGAGAAUUCCUAUCCUGAACAAGAAGCACUGCAAAACAGUGAAUUAACUUCUGAAGUUAAUAAAACAAGGCACAUAGAACCGAAAAAGUGUGUUGAGGAAACUGUGCCAAUCGUCACUUAUAAAGAUAUUUCCACUCUCAGGCGUUCUAGACGUUCAAAAGAAAAAAAUGAAACCAAGCAGACAAAGAGUCAUGUAAUAGAAAACGAAACGGUUGAAUCAACUGACCUUACUGUAGGUCUUGAUAGUACACGUGUUACCGUUGUUGAUAAUGUACUACUUCGUGUAGAAAACACGGAAAUAGAAAGUAAUUUACCAACCGAACUAGCAUUUAAAAUUGAAACAUCUGAAAACAAUAGUGCUGAUUCAACUGAGCUUAUAUCAUGUGAUACAACUAAAUCUGUGAUAGACUUAAAACCACCUGAUUCAGAAAACGCAUCAAGAGAAAAUAAUGAACCAUGUUCCACAAAUAUAGAAACAGAAAUUUCUCAAAACAGCAAAGCUACAUCAAUGAAAAUCUGUGGUAGUAAACCUGAAGAUGGGGAUAAUAAUAAAUCUCUUAGUUCAGGGAUCACGGUAACAGAGAGUGAUUUGUCAACUGUUACACUAAAUGACAAAGAAGCAUCUCAAAAUAGGAAACUUGAAUCUACUGAGCCUAUGCCGAGUAAUAGUAAAUCUGAACCUGUGGUUGUUAUUGAACCUCUAAAAUUUGGAAAUACGAUUUGCGCAAGUAAUACAUCAACUGUAACAAAUUUGGAAGAAACAUGCAAAAACAUCAAACCUAUAUCUACAGAGCUACCACUGUUUGAUACUAAAUCUCAACCUGUGGUUGUAAUUGAACCACUUAAAUGUGUAAACAUAUCAACAGAAUGUAACACACCGAUGAUUACAAAGUUAGAAACAGAAACAUCACAUAAUAACAGACUUCAGUCAAUGGAACUAAUGGCAUUUCAUAAAAGUUCGAAACCCGUCGUUGUUAUUGAACCACUUGACAUGCAAGGUCUUGAAACACAAUUCAUAAUCAAAGGGUCGAAACCAAUGGUUACAAAUAGGUCGUUAGAUGGUAUAAAUAAAAAAGGUAACUAUGAAGACAAAUCAAAAACCACAAAUUUAUCACCAGAUUCGGCUCAAAAUAGUGUAAGUAAUGUUUUAAAAGAUGUCAACAAUGGAACAGAAGUGGGUAGCACAGUCGAUGUUAUGUUACACAACGUGAAUACCAAACCAAAUACUAAUGUGAUAUUCAAAACAUCUGAAGAUGUUUCUAAGAAGGCUUAUCAAAAGACUGAAAUAAGUUUCAAUGACUGCGAGAGAAUGGAAGUGGAUACCGCACCGGAAACCAAAGAAAUUGAAGCUCCCAAACAAUCUUUUGUUGAAAAAGAUGACGAAGUUCCUAAAAAUAAUAUUCAGACCAAUGUUGUCAUUGGAGAAGAGACAUACGUAUUUGAUAGGACAUUAUCACAAGAUUAUGAUGAAAUUGAUGGGGACUGUUACGAUGAAUAUAGUCACUUACCGGUUAUCAUUAAUGAAGAAACUGAAAAGGCCAUCUUAAUUCAAAGUAAUUUAGUUGGUAAUGAAGAAAAAUCAUGUCCUAUGACUUUUACAAAUACUUCAAACAAUAGUACUGAAAACAUUUCAUGUGUAAGUAAUCAUAGUGAGCCUGAAAUUGUUAAAAACGAUUCAGAGAUUGAAGGUAAUGUACAAAGUGAUUCCAAAACAGUAGACCACAGUGUUCCUACAGGUGAUAUCAAAGUUCAAACAAAGCAGAUGCACAAUCAGCUGACAGUGUAGAGAAAAAACCAAAGCCGAGGUUCAAAUUAAAUAGAAACAGAAAUCGCUCAAUAACAUUGAACAAAGCUGAUGCUGCAUUGGAAAAUUCAAAAAUAAUCAUUGCAAAAGUAAAUACAGAAUCAGAUCAUCUAAAGCCAGCAUCUGCUAUUUCUAAUCAGAAUCAAAUGUUUAUUAGCAGUAAGGGAACAAAGAGUGACCCAGAAUUUGUUAAAUAUAUAGAGAUUCGCCAAGAUGCUCUAUUGGAUGAACAACCUGACUUAACUCAAGAUGAAAUUGUAACAUAUUUAUAUAAAAAUUGGCUUUAUGAAGAGGAGAAGAAAUCAGAUAUGAAAAAGAUGGAUGACAAUGAACAGGCUAGUUUAGUUCAAGGUUGUCAAGAAUCAAAAGAGACGAAGAAAAAUAAGAGAAAACAUAAAGUUGAAAAAACAGCCAAAUCGAAGAAUAAAGACAUAAGGGCUAUGUUAGAUAAACAGAAAUCGUUACCUCGUCCUUCAAAUCAUCCAAGGGAACCUCUCAAUGACAGCGAUAACAGCAUAACUUCUGACAAAGGUACUAAUCAAGCACUAGAGGCAAAUCGUAACUAUGGUUUACAAACUGUUGGAAGUAGUAAGGAUUCACAGACAGAAGCGCAAACAUAUGUCAAAGAAACAGGUUUAACCACUAUCGUACGUCCUGGGCAGUCAAAAGACGAUCACGAUACAGUAAACGAAUUAAAACAAAAUGUGAAAGAUACAUGUGCAGUUAAAAUAGAUUCUACAAAUACUGCCGUCAGUAAAGUGCCUACAAGUUCUAGACGUUUACGAUUACGACUUUCAAAAGACAAACAGAUAGUAAAAACAGACCCCAAAAAAUCUGUUAUAGAAACAUCUGAAACGAGUCUAAAUAUCAUUGAAAUCCCUUUUACUAAUUGUCUUGAUCAGCAACAAAAAGAAGACACUAAAAAGGCAUUGGAUGAUACAGAGUUUAAGAAAUAUUUAGAAAUCCAUCAAGAUGCUUUAUUAGAUGAACAGCCUGAUUUAACGCAGGAUGAACUCGUUACUUAUUUGUACAAAAAAUGGCUUUACGAAGGUACUAACAAAUCUGAAGUGAAGCAAAUUGGUGACAACCAAGAAAUAGAUUUAGUCAAUGGCCAAGCUAGUCCUAACAACAGUAAAACUGCAAAUACUGAAAACCAUGAACAAUCAGAUAUGAAAGAUGAACCAGAUAUCGUAGAAUCAUUAAUCACUGACUCUGAAAAAUGUGACUUGGAAAUGCCACCAUCGAUUGACAGUGAAAUUUUAGGCAUAAAAGAUGAUUUUGAAGCUGAAGAGACAAUCGCUACAAAACCAGUCAUAUCUACUUAUUCUAACGACAGUGUAACGAAAAAUAAACCCACAGUUUCAACAAAAGAAAAACAAGGCACAAUGAAGGCAAUGAAUGAGCCAGAAUUUAUAAAAUAUCUAGAAAUUCAUCAAGAUGCUUUAUUAGAUGAACAGCCCGAUCUAACACAAGAGGAAAUUGUUACUUAUUUGUAUCAAAAUUGGCUCUAUGAAGAAGGUAAUA